GGUUCCCCCGCUCGGGCCGCAGCUGCCCCGGCCCCGCCGGCAUCGCCCCCCGGAGCCCGCAGAGCAGGAGCUGAGCAUGGAGAGCAGCGAGGAGCUGGUGGCUGAGGCCGUUGGGAGCGGCUCCACGGCUCGGCAGGGAGAAGCCAACGGGGAGGAGAAGCCGCGGAGAUCCCCGAGCAGGAGGGGCUGCAAAGGCAGAGCGCGGGGAUCCGAGGGGGAAAGAGCCAGCCUGGGCCAUGGAGGGGCUCAGAGAUCCGAGCUGGGGCUCCAUGAGCAGCUCCAGGGUGGGCAGGAGAAGCCCCACAAGUGCUCCGAGUGUGGGAGGAGCUUCAAGAGGAGAUCCUGCCUGAUUGUGCACCAGAGAAUCCACACGGGAUCUGAGGGGGAAAAACGCACCCUGGACCAGGGUCAGAGCUCAGAGCUGGGGGUCCAUGAGCAGCUCCAGGGUGGGCAGGAGAAGCCCAACCAUUCCUCCGAGUGUGGGAAGAGUUUCAGGAGGAGAUCCACCCUGAAUGUCCACCUGAGGAGCCACACGGGGGAGAGGCCCUAUGAGUGUGAUGGAUGCCAUCAGACAUUUUACAAAAAUUCCCAUCUCAUCAGUCACCGGCGCAUUCACACCAACGAGCGGCCAUUUUGCUGUCCUGAUUGUGGAAAGGGAUUCAGGCAAAGGUUCAGCCUUGUCAUCCACCAGCGAAUCCACACUGGGGAGAGGCCCUAUGAGUGUGGGGAGUGUGGCAGGAGCUUCAGAGAGAGCUGCAGCCUGACUGUCCACCUGAGGAGGCACACGGGGGAACGACCCUACGAGUGUGGUCAGUGCCAGAAGAGGUUUGUGAGCAGCUCUGAUCUCCACAUUCACCAGCGCUCACACACAGAUGAGAAGCCCUUCCAGUGCCCCGACUGCGGGAAGGGCUUCAAAAGCGUCUCCCGCCUUAAGAGGCACCGGAUGAUCCACAGCGGGGAGAGGCCCUACGAGUGUGAUCAGUGCCAGAUGAGGUUCCUGACCAGCUCUGAGCUCCUCAGCCACCAGCUCAUUCACACCGAGGAGAGGCCGUUCCACUGCCGUGACUGCGGGCAGAGCUUCAGGCGUAACUCCCAUCUCAUCGUCCACCGGCGCAUCCACACCGGGGAGAGACCCCACGAGUGUCCCCAGUGUGGGAAGGGCUUCAUCACGAGCUCCAACCUGACUGUCCACCUGAGAAGCCACACCGGGGAGAGGCCCUAUGAGUGUCCCCAGUGUGGGAAGAGCUACACUAACAGCUCCAGCCUGACUAUCCACCUCAGAAGCCACACAGGGGAGAGGCCCUACGAGUGUGAUCAGUGCCAAAAGGGCUUUUACACCUCGUCUGAACUCCUCAAGCACCAGCGCAUCCACAUGGACGAGAGGCCCUUCCGCUGUCCGGAUUGUGGGGUGGGAUUCAAAGAGAAGUCAACCCUCGUCAAACACAGGAGGAUCCACACCGGGGAGAGACCCCACGAGUGUCCCCAGUGUGGGAAGGGCUUCAGAGACCGCUCCAGCCUGACUGCCCACAUCAGAAGCCACACCGGGGAGAGGCCCUAUGAGUGUGAUCAGUGCCAGAAGGGCUUUUACACCUCGUCUGAACUCCUCAGUCACCAGCGCAUCCACACGGACGAGAGGCCCUUCCGCUGUCCUGAUUGUGGGGUGGGAUUCAAGCGCAACUCACAUCUGGUCACACACAGGAGGAUCCACACCAGGGAGAGACCCCACAAGUGUCCCCAGUGUGAGAAGAGCUUCUCUAAAAUCUCUACCUUGAGCAGACACCAGAAGAGCCAGCACCCUCACGCCGCCUUUACUUUGGUGCCCGCGCUGCCCGGGCCGGACUCGGAGCGGAGGAGGAGCGGGAGGAAGAGGAGGGGGAGAAGGAGGAGGAGGAAGAGGAGAGACAAAGGAAGAGGAGGGACAGCGGAACAGGAACACCGGGAGGAAGAGGCGCCCCAACACCACGCGGUUCCCGCGCUCCGGCCGCAGCUGCCCCGGCCCCGCCGGCAUCGCCCCCCGGAGCCCGCAGAGCAGGAGCUGAGCAUGGAGAGCAGCGAGGAGCUGGUGGCUGAGGCCGUUGGGAGCGGCUCCACGGCUCGGCAGGGAGAAGCCAACGGGGAGGAGAAGCCGCGGAGAUCCCCGAGCAGGAGGGGCUGCAAAGGCAGAGCGCGGGGAUCCGAGGGGGAAAGAGCCAGCCUGGGCCAUGGAGGGGCUCAGAGAUCCGAGCUGGGGCUCCGUGAGCAGCUCCAGGGUGGGCAGGAGAAACCCCACAAGUGCUCCGAGUGUGGGAAGAGCUUCAGCUUCAGGUCCUACCUUGUUGUCCACCAGUGGAUGCACACUGGGGUGAAACCCUACGAGUGUGGUCAGUGCAAGAAGAGGUUCCUGACCAGCUCCACCCUCCUUGUCCACCAGAGGAUUCACACAGAUGAGAAACCCUUCAGCUGCCCCGAUUGUGGAAAGGGCUUCAGCCAGAAGUCCCACCUGCUCACCCACCGGCGCAUCCACACCGAUGAGAGACCCUACGCGUGUCCCCAGUGCGGGAAGAGCUUCAGGACAAACGGCCAGCUGGUUGUCCACCACAGGAUCCACACUGGAGAGCGUCCCUUCGAGUGUGGGCAGUGUGGGAAGGGCUUCAGGGAGAUCUCCUCCCUCAACGUCCACCGCAGGAUCCACACCGGAGAACGUCCCUACAGGUGUGGGCACUGCGGGAAGGGCUUCAGGUCCAGCGCGGUUCUGACCGUCCACCGCAGGAGGCACACGGGGGAACGUCCUUACGAGUGUCCCCAGUGCGGCAAGAACUUCGGCAGGAGCUCCGUCCUGAUGGUCCACCUGAGGUGCCACACGGGGGAGAAACCCUACGAGUGUGGGAGGUGCGGGCAGAGCUUCAGCAGGAGCUCCCACCUGGUGGUCCACCAGAGGAGCCACACUGGGGAGAGGCCCUUCAAGUGCGGGCUGUGCGGGAAGAGCUUCAGCACCGGCUCCUACCUGAUCGUCCACCAGAGGUUCCACAGCGGGGAGAUGCCCUACAAGUGCGCCGAGUGCCAGAGGGGCUUCCCCACGCGUUCCCUGCUGAUGGUCCACCAGAUGGCCCACACCGGCGAGAGGCCCUACGCGUGUGACGUCUGCGGGAAGGCCUUCAGGACCAGCUACCGCCUCCUCGUCCACCAGCGCUCGCACACGGACGAGAAACCCUUCAGGUGCCCCGACUGCGGGAAGGGCUUCAGGAAGAGCUGCACCCUCACCGCCCACCGGCGCGUCCACACCGGCGAGAGGCCCUACCUGUGCGCCCAGUGCGGGAGAACCUUCAUGCUCAGCUCCGACCUGGUGGCCCACCAGAAGAGCCACACGGGGGAGCGUCCCCACGAGUGCGAGGAGUGCGGCAAGAGCUUCGCCACCCGCCUCGGCCUGGCCCACCACCAGAGGAGCCACACCGGGGAGAGGCCCUACGAGUGCGGGCACUGUGGCAAGAGCUUCACCACCGGCUCCCGCUUGACGUCCCACCAGAAGGCCCACGUGAAGUCCUUCGAGUGCUCGCUGUGCGGGAAGAGGUUCAGGGUGAGCGCCAGCCUCAGGAGACACCAGAAGGCGCACCAGGGGGAGAAACCUUUCCGCUGCCCCGACUGCGGCAGGGGCUUCAAGCUCAACGCCCACCUGGCCAAGCACCGGCUGGUCCACGCUGGGGAUGGUCCCCGUGAGUGCCACCAGUGUGGGAAGAAGUUCUCGGCCAGUUCUCGGCUGGCCAGGCACCGGUGGAAGUUCCACUGAGGGCAGCAGUGUUGGUGGCCCGAGUGCUGGGGGAGCUUGGUGGGGUUCUCCAGCUCCGUCCCACGUGGGAGGAUCUGGUCUGGGUGGUCCCGAGUGAGCCCAGGUGAGUAGAACCACCUUGAUCCCUGUUUGGAGGGACACCUGGCUGAAGGUUCCACAUCCUCCUGACCAGGUGGGCAGAGCCACCUUGAUCCAGGUUUGGAGGACACCUGGGUGAAGGUGCCACCUCCUCCUGGAUGUGUCACCUUCUGACCCCACAAAAAUCUCAUUUUUUCUCUUUUUUGGUGGUUUUAAGCCACACUAGAUAGGUUUGGAUGUCUUCUCCAUCAGUCCCCAUGGGAGGAUCUGCUCUGGAUGGUGCCCCGUGAGCCCAGGUGGGCAGAGCCCAGGUGAUCCAGGUUUGGAGGACACCUGGCUGAAGGUUCCACCUCCUCCUGGAUUUGUCACCUUCUGACCCCAGAAAAAUCUCAUUUUUCCCAUCUUUUGGUGAUCUUAAGCCACACUCCUCAGAGGUCUUCUCCACCAUCAAUCCAUCGUUUCUGGUCCACGGGCAUCUUCCACAGCGAAAUGGAGUGAAAUUGGGGCAAAAUCCACGAUUUUGGAGACUCUGGGUUGGAAGCCUUCAAAAGUGACAAGGUGGGAAGCUGGAGGAACCUCCAAAAAAGGUUCUUCUGACCCAUCCAAGGACGUGGAUGCUGAGGGACAUGCGGUUGGACAUUUUUGGUUUUGGUUUUGGUUUGGAAUGAGAAAGUUUCUGUUCAUCACUUUGAAAACCCUGAAAUUGGGGUAGAAAUAAAAAUGUUGAUGUGA